AUGGAUGGGAACACCAGCGACGUUGUACGCCUUGCCAAGGCAUGCAGUAUAUGCAGACGGAAGAAGGUCAAAUGUGAUGGGACUAGGCCGGUCUGUGUCCCCUGCAGAACAUUCGACCUACCCUGCAAGUACGAGGACACCGUGCGCCGCAAGAAAAAGCACAACCGCGAGGAACGUUAUCACGAGCUGGAACAGCGCAUUCAGUCUCUGCAAGAUGAACUGAAUGAAGCACAUGCGUCCAAGAGACGGCGAGUGCCUAGUGACGAGGAAACAGGCCUAGAGCAUGUCCAACCUUCGGAAGUAUCCGAUUCAGAGUUACCAUGUCCGAGAAAUGUCACUGCUCAAACGUCUUUCGAGGCCGAGGCCGAUCGAGGUGAUGGCGACGGAGGGUCAUAUACCCUUAAAACUCCGAAGGGCGCAAUGCGAUUUUUUGGUGAGUACUGGCUCGCUGACUAUCGUUCCUCAACGGUGCAUCCUCUCAUUUUUUCGAUCGUUUCCCCUGAGGGUGUGUGCUGGCUUGAAAGCAAGACGGGUAAUAAUGUGUGGCGCCAUGUCGCUCAGAAAAAUGGCAGUCGAUGGAGGCUCGCUGAUUGGUAUCCUCGAGCUCUUCGAGAUGAUUUCCAAAGCAGAUGCUCACAACCCUUACCACCCAAGGCGGUCAUCCUAGGUCUUGUUCAUGAAUAUUUCAAUACGUUCAACAAGGCCCUGCCGCUCUUUGGACCCGAAAGUUUCAUGGGAAUGGUCAGCAGACACUUCUCAUGGCAUCCCAACGAAAGUCCCUCAUGGUGGGCUGCAUUCAAUAUUGUCCUUGCGUUUGCAUACAUGCAAAGGGCAGAGAGUUCCGGUGCCAGCAGCGACGACUGGCAGAAAUGCUUGGGUCAUGUCAAAAACGCAAUGAACGUGGUUACAGAGCUUUUCAUGCGGACAUGCGAUCUCCUCGCUGUUCAGGCGCUUCUUGGACUGGCAAUCUUCUUCCAAGGCACGCCAAACCCCCAACCUCUGUUCAUGUUUUCCGCUGCCGCUUCCGACUCUUUUGGUCUCCCGGUCUCCCAGGUCGAAGAGCGGAGAAGGGUCUUCUGGAUAGCGUUCAUUUUGGACGCCGACAUCUGUCAACGGACCGGCCGCCCUGCUGCACAAGAUACCCGUGAUUAUAAUACUUUACUGCCUCACCAGGAUUCCCCUGAUGGCUUGGGUGUGAUGGAGGUUGGGAAUGCCAAAAUCAAUUUCUUCUCCGCACUAGCCCGAUUUUCUUUGGUCCAACGGAAGGUUUGCGAUGAGCUGUAUAGCACUAAUGCAUUCAAUAAAACCAAAGAACAGUUGAUGGAAGAUGUGAGGGGUUGCCUUGACGAUCUUGAGGAAUGGAAACGAAGUAUCCCACCGAUCCUCCGGCCCCGAAGGAACUUUUCGGUCGGCGACCAUGCCUUCCUACCGCACAUCCUCAGACUCCCCUUUGCAUACCAUUGCUGCUACCUCAAUAUCCACCGAGUCUGUCUACUUCCUCGGCGCUGGCCGACCAGUUCACAUAAUGAGGGGCUUAGCCCACCGGGACUGUCGAAUGACACAGAAAGAUCAGUGCGACAAUCAACAGAAGCAGCACGAGCGGCAAUUGAACUGAUCAGUCAAGUCCGAGGCCACUAUGGCCAAUCCUUUGAAUGGAGUAUUGUUUACUUCACAGGAGCAGCCCUGGUCGCAUUGUUCUCCCAAAUUCUCAUUGAUCCUUCACGUCCCGAGACCGAAUCAGAUAUUACUAUGAUUAAUGGGGUCGUCAGCUUUAUAUCAAAAGUCGCAUCCCAAGAACAAGAUACAUACCUGGACUAUGUAUUGGCGUUGUGCUCUGACUUCGAGAGAGCAGCCAGGGAAGAGUUACAUCGGGCCAGGAAUCCCAAGCCAGACUCCGCGAGUGGUAUUCAGCCAGUUGCUAUUCGUACGCAAGGGCAAAUGUUGACGCAUCAUGACUACUUGCACCCGAACUCUUUCCCGGCUUUUUUCAAUCCUCCCCAUCCGACUGAAAACGAUGGCAGCAACAUCCAGUCUUCGAACACGAUGUCUACAGAUCAAGGUUUCUAUACUACAGGGCCACUACCGUUGCCCGCUCCUCUUUCUUGGAACUGGCAAGACAUGCUAGCAGGCGUCCCUCCGGCGUAUGAUUUUGGGGUAUAUGAUUUAGCUGAAAGCACUGGAGAAUUGUGA